AUGACAACAACACAAUACGGCAAAUCAAUGUACUUCGAACAACCUUAUGCUGCUCCGCAGCCACAGCUAGCCUUAAGACCUCCUAAUCGAAUGAAUCUACGACGAAAUUCAACGUUACGUUAUUUUCUAAUUUGUAUGGGCAGUCUUUGUUGUUUACUUAUUAUUGGUACUGUUAUUUCAUUAUUUGUUUACUUUUUUUUUCGCUAUCGAAAUAAUAUCUCAUCUCUUUUAUCCUAUCCUGAAUUUGUUUGCAGCCAAAGGCCAUGUGGUUGUCCGAAUUAUAAUUAUGGGCAAUCUUCAACAUUGAGAAUUGUUGGUGGUAAAGAUGUUUUACCAUUUACUUAUCCAUGGCUCGUUACAAUAGUUGAUCAAUAUGGAAUAGAUCCUUUUUGUGCAGGAUUCAUCAUAUCUUACAAUACAAUUCUUACUGCUGCACAUUGUUUAAUCGGUCGAAAUCCUAAGCAAUUACAAAUACUUGCAAGGAUUCAUGAUCUUCGUCAAUUCAAUGGUGAACGAUAUGAUAUUGAAAAAUGGUACAUUCAUCCUGAAUAUACAUUCAAUGUUAGUAUGCAACUCAAUGAUAUCGCUAUAGUUAAAAUAAACCGAGUUUUUUCCUAUGAUCUUCGACCAUGUUGUCUUCCAUCAGUAAGAUCAUCAAUGUAUCCUGAACCAAAAACAGCUGCAGUUGCCAGUGGUUGGGGAAAACUAGCAUCGAAACCAAAUAGUCGAAGUUCUCCAAUUCUUCAACACGUUGUUAUGCCUAUUGUUGAUGAAAACAAUCGAAAAUGUCGUCAAUCAUUGGUUGAUAGCAAUCGGCAAUUGUGUGCUGGUUAUGAUAAGCUUUCGAUUGACACAUGUUCAGGUGAUAGUGGCAGUCCUUUACUAGUUGUCGAAUACAGUAAUAAAAAACAAGGACAUUUUGUUGCAACUGGAAUCGUUAGUUAUGGAAAUAAGCAAUGUGAUGCAUCGGUUUCUUCUGGUGUUUAUACGCGUGUAGGUUUUUAUCUUCCAUGGAUUGAACGUAUCCUAUCCAAUGUGCAAUAA